AUGGCAGGAGAGAACGGUCAAACAGGUUUUGGGGCGGAGAAGAUUAAGACAGACAUUGUAACUCUCUCCAGACUCAUCACGGAAGAGCAGUCGAAGCACCCAGAGGCCACAGGAGACUUCACACUGCUGUGUCAAGCCCUCCAGUUCUCCUUCAAGUCGAUAGCGUACUAUAUUCGAAGAGCCACCCUGAUCAACCUCACCGGUCUUGCUGGAUCGUCAAACACAACCGGUGAUGACCAGAAGAAGCUCGAUGUGAUCUCCAAUGAUCUUUUCAUUGCUGCCAUGAAGGGUUCUGGAAAGUGCAGGGCAUUGGUAUCUGAAGAAGAGGAGGAUGUCAUCUACUUUGAUGAGCACCCCAACGCAAAAUACUUUGUCGCAUGUGAUCCAAUCGACGGAAGCAGCAAUCUUGACGCUGGUGUUUCUGUAGGCACAAUCUUUGCCAUUUCUCGUUUGACGGAUGAGAUAGUCCAGUCUGGAAAGAGACCAGACGUCAAGGACCUGCUCGCACCAGGUACUGAGCUGGUCGCUGCUGGCUUCACCAUGUAUGGCGCCUCAGCACAACUUGUUAUAACCAUGAGAGGUGGUCCUGUCAACGGGUUCACUUUGGACAAUGCUCUAGGCGAAUUUAUCCUGACACAUCCUAACAUGAAGAUGCCCAAGAAGCGAGGAAUCUACUCGGUCAAUGAAGGAAACUCGCUGUACUGGGAGGAGAAGACAGUGAACUUUUUUAACAGCCUCAAGUUCCCACCGAAGAGCGUAGACGGAAAAGAGGGCAAGCCAUACUCGUCCCGAUACAUCGGAUCCAUGGUCGCUGACGCCUACCGAACUCUGCUGUACGGUGGUCUAUUUGCCUACCCAGCCGAUAAGAAGAGCCCAAAAGGCAAGCUGCGAAUAUUGUAUGAGUGUGCUCCAAUGGCUAUGAUCAUGGAACAGGCUGGUGGACAAGCCGUGGAUAGCAACAUGAGAAGAUUGCUAGAAGUAGUGCCAACCAGCAUUCACGAUAGAAGUGGUAUCUAUAUGGGUAGCUAUGAAGAGAUGGAGAAAGUCAUUGCGGCACAUAAGUAG